GAUAUACUGCGAGCUAAUUAGAGCAAAACCAUUCGUGUUCUGCGGCUGCUCUGGUAGGUACCGCUUGGCUUGCAGUGCAGUACGUGCGCAAUGGCGAACGACCUUGCCGACGCCGAGCACCGCGUAGAGGUGCCGGCGGAUACUACCGCCGGCAAAGGCCGCAGCCGCCGCGCUGCCGGAGAAGUGGCUGAACCGCUUCGUUCGCGUGGUCGCGUCGAUGGAGAGGUUUGGCAACGCGCUAGGCACGCUGGCCUUCACCUGGGCGACCGUCGUCCUGCUCGGAGGCUACCCCACGGUGCUCCGUCCCGAUCGUGAUUUCCUGUUUGCGGCGAUCAUAAUCUUCCUGGAAGCUCUGAGGAUGUUUAGCCGCAACAACAGGCUAGAUUACCAAUUAUUCUUUCGUACGAGAGGUGCUUUUAGGUCCCUUGGCUCGAACGGGUUGAUCGUGUUCGCAUGCUUUUCCAACGGAAUCGUGUGGAUGAUCAUACAAGACAGUGAUACAUCAUUUGUUUUGUUUGGAUUACUUUGGAUUGGCCUAUUUCUAUCUCCGUAUGCAAGACUACUCAUAUGCAGUCCGCUACGUGAUGCCAUGUCAUUAUGGAGUCCAAUGGUUGCAAUUCUAUUGCUUUGCCCCUCUAUACUCCAUACCUUGGAUGAGGACUUCAACGUUCACAAGCUCAGUUUCAAAAACUCCAUUGCCAAGAGGAUCCUAUACAUGGUAUUAUUUGUUGUCGUGCUCCUACUAACAAUCAGCAGGUUGCAGUUCCCAAGUAUCAUCAAAAUAGUAGAUCGGUUUCUCGGAAGCAAAAUUGUAUUUUGGCGUCAAGUUAUUCUGAACAUGAGCAUGUUUGCUACAAUUGGGAUGUUAGUGUCCACUUUUGAUGGCUCCGCUAAGUUCACUAUGUUGAUAAUCGACGUAAUGGUUCUGAUGAUAGUUUCAUUAGGCAACUUUCAGAUUCCAGCAGCAGUUUUGCGCAUCACGCUGGCAGCGUACGGAAUCCAUAAAGCUAAAGACCAGUACAGUGAUCAUGCUUAUAAGGGUGACCUUGGGGAAAACACAAACCUUAUGUCAUCUCUCUACAUCUUCUAUGCAAUGGUGGUUGGCCAAGGAAUACUGUAUAUUAUUGCUAGUAUCCUUGAGAUCUUUUCAUUCAUCCUGCGGAGAUCCCUCGUCGGCAAUGCUGGAUUUAGAGGUACCCUAGGAGUGGAAUGUGUCAAUUUGUACUAUGAAGAUGCCUUCGAGAAAUGCAUGAACGGGACUGUGCUUGCUCCAGAGAAGACCAGCCUCGUCAGAUUUGCAAUGGAUUCAUUGAAGUCAGACUCGCCCAAGAAGCAGCUCUAUGGGCUAAAGAUGCUGCACAACUUUCUCAAAAAGGAGCAAUUGAAGACUAAAGCCAUAUCAGAACUCACCACUUGCAUGAAGACAAUGACCUGCUUGAUCAACAUGUUGGGUUGGACAAGUGAAGGGCAUAAAGAUAUUAGAUCAUUUGCAGCAAAAGUCACAGCCGAGAUCGCUGAUAGCCUCAGUGUUAUCCAUGUCCCUAGGGAGAUGCAGCUUAUAGCCUCACUUCUGGAGACCAAUGUAAGGAAAAUAAAGGAUCCUCUUCUAGACAUUUGUAGCCCUAAGCGACUACAAGACUCUAACCCGAUUCAGCAAAUUAGCAGGAGUGAACUGACCUCCCCGAUGCUUAAAUGGUUGAAGCAGAUGGCAGUGUAUUGUUUGAUUCCGAGGGAGGAUCCAACUAACAUGGAUGAACAAAAGCCACGUAUACUCAGAUGCUGGAAGCGGUCCUUUCUGGAAGAAGAGCCAUCCACGGAUACGGAUAUCCUCCCUGUAGUGGGAAUGUUAAUUCUUAACAAGCUUGCUAGAUUUGAUCUUGAGAGUUGUACAGAAAUCUAUAGAGCAACUGGCCUCAUCUCAAAGAUCAUAGAGUUCACUACCAAAAGAACUGAUAUUGCAAAUAUUAAUGAGACACAUCAAGCACUACUGAAAGGUUCAUCACUGAAGCUGCUGAGAAGCCUUUCAAGUACUGAAGGGAAAUUAGGUGUUGCUUUGCGUCAGCAGAUUUUAGAACAUCCCUUCAUUUUGAGCAAUCUAGCAGAGAUCUUGGAUGACAAUGGGAGCAGCCAGGAACUUAGGGAGCUCACAGCAGAACUCCUUAGAAACCUUGCCAGGGACGGUAAUAGAGAGGAGAUAAGUCACAUCCGAGUGAUCAUUAGCAGGUUGAUGCAUGCAUUUCUCAGCCAAAGUGCACCUUCAAGUAAAGAUUCAGAUCACUUGCUAAGAAUGAUAGCCGGGCAAGCUUUGGCAGUUCUGGCAAUUGAGAGUGCCAACAACUGUUUGGCCAUGUUAGCGGAACCAGGGUAUGCAUUCAUCAAGGAACUCACAGUCAUGAUCCAAGGUGACAGGUACAGGUACAUAGCGUCAAGCCUGUUGCGGAACAUGUGUUUGCAUGCUCGAGCUAAGUUUGGCAAAUCGGACCUGAAGGAAGUCUCCUACAUUUUGCGAGAGGUGAUGGAAGGAAUAAUGGAUGUAGAAGGGACAGAACUGGAGAUCCUUGUUGGCCUUAGUUCACAAAUAUGUAAGGUCAUUCCUGAAGACUUUGCGCGGGAACUAGAGCAUGGCCAGAUUAAGGAAAGAUUUACGGAGAGGCUUGUUAAUGCACUGAACUCAAAUAUGAUACCUGCUGCUCACUGUCCUGGGAUCAGGAGGGCGAUAAUUGAACAUGCCAUAUCCAUGGUAGAGUGCAGUCCCAGCUGCAUUAGCUGUUUCAACAAAUAUUGGAUGAUGGAAGCACUGCUAAUGGUAGAGCAUACACCUACGUGGGUUGAAAAUUACAGGUUCUUUGCGGGUGAUGCAGGACUCAUGAAGCACAGUAUACCUCUACCCGCGCUUGUGGCCAGAGCUAAACAACUGAUGAGCCAUGCGUAGCUACGAUUCAUCAGCUAUUCGAUAUGAACAUGUAUAUGUAUUCUGAAUCAUAUUGUACUCCCUCCGUUCUACAAAGGUUGUCUAAGAUUUAUCAAAAUUUAAA